CUCAAUUCAAUUCGACCCAGCACUCUAACCAUGACCUGCAUCACACUCACAGAAACCAGACCCUCUACUCUCUUCUCUCCCAAGCUCAUCUCUCCAGAGGUUCAGAACUCUUUACCAAAUGGCUAUCUCUUGAGACCUCUCAAAAGAGACGACUACAAGAAGGGUGUUCUCGAGAUCCUAGCACAACUAUCGACAGUUGGAGAGAUUACCCAGAAACAAUUUGAAGAACGCUUCGACCUCAUGCAAAAUCUCGGCAGCUAUUAUCUCAUAGUCAUUGAAGACAAUGAUAGAAUUGUUGCAUGUGCUACGUUGAUAAUCGAAUACAAGCUUCUCCAUGGUUGUGGCAAGACUGGUCACAUCGAGGAUGUUGUUGUACAUGACUCACAGCGUGGUAAACGAUUAGGCCAAAGACUCAUUGAACAGAUCAACCACAUGGCAAAAUCCCUUGGUUGUUACAAAUCUAUUCUCAACUGCAACCAGCACAAUGUCCCAUUUUAUGAAAAAUGCAACCUCAGCCUGGCAAACGUGCAGAUGGCACACUACUUUGACCGAGAUUAAUAACAAUCUCUAUUCUUUAUUCUUUAUUUUUUUUUAUAUAUAUUUUGGUUUUUUUUGUAUUAAAUCCAAGCAAAUCAAAUUAGACAAUUUGAUGUUAGAAUAGCUCAUUACACCUGUACCUUACCCAUACCUGCACCUUCAACUACACCUUCACCUACAUCUACACACAAAAUGCAUAUACACACCCUCACACACAUAAACAAUCAAUCAAUCAAUCAAUCAAUCAAUCAAUCAAUCGAUCGAUAUUUUUUAUCAAUUUGCCAGUUUAUCGGUCAAUAUUUGUCAAUCACCACCU